CCUCGUUCGGUUUACAUCUGUUUUACACGAACUCACACGAAAUUUGCCGAUUUAGUAAAACACCACUAAAGUCAAAGGAUGAAAAUUUAAAUAGUUUCUUAUUGAUCCCAGCGGUAUUGCGUGGCAGUUCUGACGUCAUUCAAAAUACUCGUGACACCUGCUUGCUUGCUGUCAAACAAAAUGAACUAUAAAUCCAACUAAAUUAUUAUAAACGAUAUAAACACUUGUCUAGCUUGUCUAACUUGUCUACAAUGGAAAUAUAAUAAAAGAACAAUUUUAAAAAGUGUGUUAAAAGUGUCACAAUAAAAAAAAAUUGUGAAGAAAUGGGCAUUGGCAAAGUACGAAGUGUAUUAUUUUUGCUAAUAAUUUGGAGGUUAUGUUCUGUUUUCGUCGUACAAACAUUUCAUGUUCCCGAUGAAUAUUGGCAAUCUCUCGAAGUCGCACACAAACUAACAUUUAAUUAUGGUCAUCUAACAUGGGAAUGGACUGAAAGAAUUCGUAGUUAUAUUUAUCCCUUUCUAAUAUCAAUUCUUUAUAAUAUUCUUCAUUUUCUAUCUAUCGAUUACACGAUACUUUUAAUUUAUCUUCCGAGAAUUUUUCAAUCACUCCUCACCGCUUAUUCUGACUAUAGAUUUUACAUUUGGUCCAAAAGUAAAUGGAGUCUUUUUAUUCUCUCUAUAAAUUGGUACUGGUAUUAUUGUUCAACACGAACAUUAAUAAAUUCAUUUGAAACAUCAUUGACAAUUAUUGCCCUCUCACAUUUCCCAUGGAGAGAAAAGGAGAAUAAUUAUUUUUUCCUUUGGAUCGUUGGUCUUUUAUUUACAAUUAGACCAACUUCGGCAAUUAUUUGGCUACCGUUGUGCGUCUAUCAUAUUUGUACAAGAUCAAAAAUUUCUAUCCUAAUUAAUUAUUUUCUCAUUGGAAUUACUUGCCUCACAAUUUCCACUUUCAUCGAUUCUUUCUGUUAUGGAAAUUUCGUGAUUACACCUUGGGAAUUUUUUAAAAUGAACGUUUGGAAUAAUAUUUCAAAAUCGUAUGGUGUUGAAAAUCAUUUUUGGUAUUUUUUGUCAGCAUUACCGGUUUUAUUGGGCAUUGAAUAUUUUACCCUAAUUUCAUCAGUUUGGCGAAUUUUUCGACAUUGGCGACAAUUUCAUUGUGAGACGAUUUUAUUGAUCACUUGUUUUUGGACUAUUCUUGUCUACUCGUGUCUUGAGCAUAAAGAAUUUCGCUUUAUUCUUCCACUUUUGCCAAUAUUUAUCUUUAUCUGUAAUUCGAGAAAUUAUGAGAGAAAAAGAAUAUCCGAAUUGCGGAGAAAACUAUUUUUGGGAUUAUUUAUUGUCAGUAAUUUAAUACCCGGUGUUUAUUUCUCACUGAUUCAUCAAAAAGGUUCAUUAAAUAGUUUGGAAUUUUUGAGAAAUAAUUUAAAUCAAGGGGAUGAUAUUCUCUUCUUGACUCCAUGUCAUUCAACACCACUUUAUAGUCAUUUACAUAAAAAUGUUUCCACAAGAUUUCUAAAAUGUGAACCGAAUUUAAAUAACACCAAGGAUUAUAUUGAAGAGGCUCAACAAUUUUUUGCUAAUCCUCAAAAAUGGAUUGAUGAAAAUUACACUAAAGGAAUUCAUCUUCCCACAUUUCUUGUUAUUUAUGACAAUUUUCAAAAACAAAUCCAAUCAUUCUUAUUAACCAACUAUCGAGAAAUUUACAAAACAUUUGAUUGUCACUUUCCACAAAAAAACUAUGGAAAUUAUAUGAUUGUUUACAAAAAAAAUCAUCCUGGUUGAGUUACAUUAAUUUUUGAGGAAAUUAAAAAAUUCGUUCAGGAGAAAAAUAUGGAGGCGAUUUGUGAGAAUCUGGAUAAAUUAACAAUGAAGAAUCUCGAAUUAAUGGAGGAGAAAAUUUCCGCAAAUAUUGAAAUGGAAACAAUUUUACGUGAUGGUCAUAUUGAAUUGGCAAAGGCUCG